UUGAAUGAAUGAAUACAUAUUAACGUUGUUAUAUUGGUAUCCUUUGAGAUAUACCGUUAGAUAACUUUAUUUUAACUUAUCUACUCGGGUGAUUUGGCUUAUUUGUCAGUUAUUAGUUAAAGUAUCUAUACCGCUGUUUCACAUUUUUGUUCAAGUUUCUAAGAUUUUUGUUUUUAGCGAGCCGGCUAAGCUGGCUGAUCAUUUAUGCUAGCUGAGUGUUAGCAUGCUAACAUUUCUGUCUCGGAUGGAAAUGGAAGAAGAUUCAUUAGAUCCACAAGAUGUUGAAAGGGCCAAAAGCUUCUGGGUUGAGGAGGAUGUGGAUCAGGUGUUUACUGGGGUUUUUGAGUACCUGAAUCACCUGAAGAGAGUCCUGAAGAAGAACACAGCAACAGACAAAGAGCUGGUUCAGGGGUUGAAGCUGGUGGAGUCCCUGGACUUGUCUCGUCCGGUCUCUAGUCCAGACUUGUCUGUGGUCCAGGUGGUCAUUGGCUCAGCUGAACUGCUGCCACCUGGCUUCACCCACCACAGUCCUACUACCUCCCCCCUCCCUUCCUUUAAUGGAUUGUGCAGCCCUGCAGCGCCCUCUGCAGACAGAGAGGAGCUGCUGUCUCCUCUGGCCCCCGUCCAGCUGCAGUAUCAGUUCCACUCCUGCUGCAAGGCCUGCCUGCCCAUUUUACCCAGCAUGUCUGAGUCCAGGCCUCCAUUCUGGGGUCAGAACCCUCUUAAGGUGCCGCUGCUCUGUGGCUUUAAGAGGCUGACCGCCAUGCCCGCGAUGUCAUCCUUAGGGGGUAGAGCCUGUGAUCUCAAGGUGAUGGCACCUGCGAUCUCUGAGGAGGCGCAGGACGACGGUGUUGAGGACCCAGAUGUAGUUUACAAAGCACCAUGUGGACAGAGCCUCCGCAACCAUGAUGAUGUGAUGUGCUUCUUGUUGGCUACAGAGAGCUACGACAUCCUGCAGGUGGAUUUCUUCACCUUUAACCCCUGUGUUCGACUGGAUCCUCCUGCAAUGGCAGGCCUUCAACGGACGGAGCUGGACCUGAGCUGGGGCAUGGAGCCCACACCAGUAGAGCUGUGUGCGGGGGAUGGCAGCGCUCGGCCUGCAGACUUCCGCUACAGGAAGGACCGUUGGCCCCAUGGCUGCUUCCUGAGCAGCAGUCCGAUGCUGUUCAAGGCCUGUUGUGACUGCACCGACGGCUGUACCAGCGCCAAGCUCUGUGCCUGCAUCGCAAUGACCAGAGGAGGACGCCACUACACUCAUCACAGGCUGAGCAAGCCUGUACCGUCAGGGCUAUAUGAGUGUGGUCCGUGGUGCAACUGUGAUCGGGCUCGCUGUCAGAACCGCCUGGUGCAGAGUGGGAUUAGAGUACGGCUUGAGGUUUGCCAGACUGAAGGCUGUGGCUGGGGCGUUCGUUGCCGUGACGACCUGGACCGCGGCACAUUCAUCUGCAUAUACGCAGGUGUCGUCCUGCAACGGGUCCAGAGCCCCAACAAGGUUCCACCCCCGAAGCUGAUGAGGGCCAACCUCCCCUCAGAUGAUGAAGUGGAGGUCAUCACCGAGUGGCUGGCCCCACCAGUGCUGGAGGGGCGGACUAACCUGCUGGAAACGCCCCCGCCUGUGUCCCCGUCCACCUCACCCUCCCAGUACGUCCCAGUGAUCCAGAGACCCACCGACACCAACACCGCAACCAGAUCAACUCAGGACAGAGACAAGGGAGCGUUGGUGGGAGGUCUCGAGCCAGCACCUCUGUCAGCAGGUGACCAAUUGCAAGCUCAGGAGAAGAAUGUUGCCAUGACAACAGCCAGUCCCGAGCAGGCAGCAAACCACACACAGGCAGAGACAAACAAACAGAAGUGUCUGAAGAGAGCAGCCAAGGAGGAGAACGUUUACAUUCUGGACGCCAGCAAAGAGGGAAACGUGAGCCGCUUCUUCAAUCACAGCUGCCGGCCGAACCUGUUCAUCCAGAAUGUCUUCACUGACUCCCAUGACCCAGAAUUCCCCGUCAUUGCCUUCUUCACUAGCAGGGUUGUGAAGGCUGGCACGGAGCUGACCUGGGAUUACUCUGCCAGGACGCUAACUGCAUCACUACAAGAAGUGCCCUGUUUUUGUUGCAGCGACAGUUGUCAGGGUCAGUUUACCAUUGAGGAAAACCUUUGUGAUGUCUGCGAGGUCGAAGGUCAAGAAGUGAUUCAGGCCCAGUAAUCCCAUCACAAGGUUCAGACGGUCCAGCUGACAACACAAAAAUGUAUAUUUAUAUACUGUUCUGUUGUAAUCAAAUGGUUUCAUACCUCAGCAUCUGUACAAGGAUGCCCUUUUUAAAAAUAAAAUGACUCAAUUAAAACAUG